AUGUGGCCAUCGACCUGCUCUUCCUUCGGUUUGCACAAAGUUGGGCUUGAUCACGAUCGGUUUACCGAGCAGCUUCUUUCGUUCCCAGAAGCCCCAGAGAACUCCGUGCCCGGGCAUCGACCUUUUCGAUGCUGUGUUCUACUCGUAUGCGGUACUGUGUAUAUCGGGUCCUCUUCUCCCGACGGAAGACGGAUGAAGAUAUCCCAGUGGACAUCCUCCUCCACACCGGACUACUGGCGGUUUUUCGGCCCUAUUACAUCUCCAUCUCAUUCGUUCUGCCGAGGAAAGGUGGACAAGGCUCAAGCGCAUCCUUGCAGCUGCACCACAGUGUUCGUACAGUAA